CAAAAGCUUUUGAGAAUACAUCAGUUGUUUUUACUUUAGUUUAAUAUAGAUGAAUAAAUAAAUAACAUGUAGGUUUAAGAAUGGUUUUAAGUAAGCAGUUUGCGUUAUUCUUAUAAUGGUUUUUCAUCGAUUCUCGAAAACUAUUACGAUUACCAAAGACAGCAAUGGAACAGGUGGGUUGGGGUAUAGACAUGUUCAAGUGGUUCUAUUAUUUUUUCUCAUAUCGUUUGGGUACGCAAUGAGAGUGUGCUUAUCAGUAGGAAUCGUUGCAAUGACUGAUAGCUCAGUUAAUCCAGAUUUCCCGACAUACCAAUGGACUGAUAAGAGUACAAUACUAUCUUCGUUCUUUUGGGGCUACGUUGUAGCCCAGGUAGCUGCUGGAAUUGUUAUCAAGAAAACAGGAACACAAUGGUUACUUUUUGGUUCAAUGUUUCUCAGUGCUCUGACCUCUGUUCUUAUCCCAGUGGCCGCUUCCACGGGAUCGUGGGCAGUUAUGGUUUGCAGGAUAUUUCAAGGACUUGCUCAGGGUGCUUUCUUUCCUGGUUGUCACGUAAUGCUCAGUAAAUGGGCACCACCAUCAGAAAGAUCAAUUCUAGGGACACUAACAUACGCUGGAAAUUCUUUCGGUACAAUCAUUUCAAUGCCAACGACGGGUUGGAUUGCCAACAGUAACGCGGGAUGGCCAACUGCAUUUUAUCUAUUUGGGGCGCUGGGGUUUUUAUGGUGCAUUUUUUGGGUAAUUUUUGGAAGUGAGAGCCCUGCCAAACAUAAAAGUAUCAGCGAGGCUGAGAAAAACUACAUUGAAACUUCUUUAGGAAGUUCAAACAUUCAAAUACCGUUUUCGGAAGUACCGUGGUUAUCCAUUCUAAAAUCGAUUCCAGUAUGGGCUACUUUUAUCACUGCAUGCGCCCACAACUGGGGAUUUUUUACUAUUCUAACCGAAAUGCCAUUGUAUCUUAGUGGAGUACAUGGCUUCAACAUCUCGCAGAACGGACUUCUUUCAGCUUGUCCUUAUUUAGCCAUGUGGAUUAUGAGCUUUGUAUUUGGGGCUAUGACGGAUGCGUUAAUUAAUAAAAAACUUGUUUCGGUUGGAAUUGGUCGAAAAAUUGCCAAUACAAUAAGUCAAAUUGGACCAGGAAUUGCCCUUUUUUUACUAGGUGGUAUUGGCUAUUUAGGGCGUGGCGUGGCCAUGGCAUUGCUGAUAAUUGGUGUUGCCCUUAAUGGUGCCCAUCUAAGCGGUUUUCUAGUUAAUCUUAUCGACUUGUCCCCUACUUACGCAGGUGUUCUAAUGAGUUUUACCAAUGGUACAUCACAAGUAUGCUCCAUCAUUGCACCGCUGAUAGUACAACUUCUUGUAUUAGAUAGCAGCGACAGCACACAAUGGGCAAAAGUAUUUUAUAUUGCUGGAGGCCUCUUCUUCUUUGGAAAUAUUGUGUUUGUCGUUUUUGGAUCAGGAGAAAAACAACCAUGGGACAGCAAUAAGAAAGAUGAAAAAGCAGAACCAACGAAAGAGAGAAGUUCUUCAACCGCUUAGCGUGUUUGAAUAAAAUUAUUCAACACGAUAUUAAAAAUGAUUUUUAAUUUGUCCAAAAAGUCAGUGGAAAUUCAGCUAAUUAUUAUUUAACUGACGGUGAGAUGUCACAUAAAAAUAUUUUUAUUUAUAGUACCCACCUUCAUAUAAUUCACCGUUAUUGUAGAAUAAAGAAUUGGAAAUAAAAUAGAUGUAAGUACACUUAUUACAAAAUUGUAUCUGUAUGUAAAGGUUUGAAAAUAUUCGGCUGUGUUAAUAUUUUUAAGUUAUUCUGAAAAGAAAAUAAAAUAUAAAUGUAACGAUAAAUGUAUUGUUUAUAAGAAGUCAUUUUAAUUGAUUAAAUAUUCGUUCAA